CUCUUUAUUUAUUAUUUCUGACCGUCUCCCCUGUGGCCACCGUCCACUGGGAAGGCAUGAAGACAACAUGGUUCGUUGGAUGCUACACAAUAUUGUUUUUCUCCUUCUUUUCUGCAGUUCAAGAGGGCAGUUUGAUGGUAUAAGGAGGCAACCCUGGCGUGAAAGCUUCAAUCGCCGAUUUGACAUACCUAGAAGGCCCUCCCUGCAUGACAGAUUUUCUCCUAUUGAGAGAUACUGGGACCUCCACGACAUAUUGGAGCCAAAGGACAAAGUUAGCUCUUCACCAAGAUUCACCUUGCUGGCUCCAGACCUGCUGAGGACAGACAGUCAGGAGAACAUCUAUCUACAGGCUGACAGUGUGUCUACGCCCAUCACUGUCUCCAUCACCAUCCAGGAUUUCAACAAAGCCACCACGCUCCUCCAGGAUUCUGUCACACUCAGUCAAGAAAAUGACUACCACACUCUCAAAGCUAUACAGCUUGCAUCUGAUCUUUUAAAUCGUGACGAGAAAAAGAACAAGUUUAUCUACCUGAAAGUGAACUUUGGGGGUUUCCACUCAGAAGAAAGAGUGAUGAUGGUGUCCUUCCACUCUGGGUACAUUUUCAUCCAGACAGACAAGCCCAUCUACAACCCUGGGGACAUUGUUCGAUUCAGAACAUUUGUGUCCUCUCCAUUAUUCAAGGCCUUUGAUAACUCCAUCACUGUAGACAUCCAGAAUCCAGACGGCGUGGUGGUUAAGCAACUGACCAGGAGAAGAGCUACAGGUGGUGUCAUCGCCGAUUCGUUUCAGCUGUCUGAAAUGGUCAGUGAAGGAACAUGGAUAGUGACUGCAAAAUUUGACCACUGGCAGCAGAACACAUUCACCUCCCAGUUUGAGGUGAAGAAAUACAUUCUUCCUGCAUUUAAUGUUACGCUGACACCCAGAAAGUCCUUCAUCAGCUUGGAUGACAAAGAACUGGAUGUAGAGAUCUCUGCCAGUUACCUGUACGGGGAGCCCGUCCAGGGGACAGCCUAUGUUGUGUUUGGAGUGAAGAUCAACCAAGAGAUGAAAAGACUAUCUUCAUUGAAGCAGGUUUCAAAUUUGGACGGAGGAGUUGUCACACUGAGUAUGGACGAAAUAAAGGCAGCGUACCCCAACAUUAGAUCUUUGGUGGGCAACUCUGUGUAUGUGAAGGUCUCUGUGCUCACCAAGACAGGAAGCGAUCUGGUGGAAGCUGAAAAGACGGGGAUUAAAAUUGUGGAGUCCCCCUAUGUCCUAUCAUUUAAAGACAUGCCUAAGUACUUCAAGCCAGGCCUGCCGUUUGACUUCACAAUUCAGGUGAGCAACCACGAUGGUUCUCCGGCCCGUAACGUCCUGGUCAAACUAAAUCUUCUGGAUACACCCUUGACAGUCUUUGCUGGAACCGCCAGAGCCAGUGUCAACAUGCCCAAUAAUCAUCUUGCACAAACCAUCACGGCUGUGACCACGCAGGCAGACCUGAGACCAGAUCAGCAGGCCAAACAACAGAUCACUGUUCAGCCCUACACCACCUUCAAUCGGCGCCAGCAAAACUAUCUGUAUAUCUCCACAAGUACCAACACGGUGUCACUAAAAGAAAGACUGUCCCUUGAUCUCUCUAUCUCCACCUCAGACCCCAGUCACAAAGAAUUAAUUAAACACAUCACAUACCUGGUGCUUAAUAAAGGCAGAAUUCAAAGUGCUGAACGUGUGGCUGUAACAGGCCAGAUAGUCACCAGUGUUGGGUUGCUGGUAACACCAGAGAUGAUGCCAUCGUUUCGCGUUGUGGCGUUCUACAGUAUUCCUUGGAAUGGGCAGGAGGAGGUGGUGUCGGACUCUGUAUGGAUUGAUGUAACGGAUUCCUGUGUGGGAGGGCUCACGGUUGGGUCAGCAGAUGGGAGACCCAGAGACCACGCACCCGGGAAAAGCCUUCGUUUCCAGAUCAGAGGUGACCCAGGGGCAAAGGUCAGCCUGGUGGCUGUGGACAAUGCUGUUUAUCUCCUCAACAAGAACAGACUCACGCAGAGGAAAAUUUGGGACACUGUGGAGCAUGGUGAUGUUGGCUGCACCAAAGGAGGAGGUCGAAAUGCUGCUGGGGUGUUUACAGAUGCAGGACUUCUUUAUGUCUCCAAUAUGGGGUUCCAAACACCAACUCGGCAAGCACUGCAGUGUCCAGGAAGUGCUCGAAGGAGACGCUCUGCCGAACUUUUGAAGCGUAAAACAGAGCUUGAGAGUCACUACAAGGAGAAGCUGCAGCGCCGCUGCUGUAAAGACGGCCUUAGAGAGAUCAAAAUGCCGUAUUCCUGCACUAGACGCUCCCUCUACAUAACUGAGGGCCCAGAGUGCAUCCUGGCUUUCCGCUACUGCUGCGCCACCUUCAGGGACCAGGUGUUUAACACAGAGAUCCCCACCGCUGCUCCUCCCUUCACCACCGCUCCACCCACCACCACUGCUCUACCCACCCUCCGCGCCUUUGUGAGAGAGAGAGUGCACUUCAGUGCACGAGAGAGGACACCUAUCUACCACAGUGCAAGUAAGAACUUUGGUUGGGACAGCGGAAUGAGAAGGACGAGUGGACGAACCAUGGAUAGGACCUUUUCAUUUGCAGGUAAAGAAGAAGAAGAAGAAGAAGAAGAAGAAGUUGAAGCAGCGGUGGAUUUGUCGGAGGACGAUUCGGAUGGAGAGGAGGAAUGGGAGUACUUAGAUGAAACCCAAAUAUAUCUGCGUUCCAAGUUCUACGAGUCCUGGCUGUGGAUGGAUGUGAGCCUGCCCAGCAACACAGGCAGAGACGGGUUGGCAUCUAAGAACAUGGAAAACCCACUCCCAGACAGCAUCACAGAGUGGGGAGUCUUGGCGAUCAGUGCAUCUCCUCAUACAGGUUUCUGUGUUGCAGAGCCUUACAAUGUCAGGGCGUGGAAACCUUUCUUUGUUGAUCUGAAGCUGCCAUAUUCUGUGGCGAGAAACGAACAGGUUGAGAUUAAAGCAGUGAUUCACAACUACGGCUACGAGGACCUGCAAGUAAGGGUGGUGCUGAUGAAGACAGAAGGCAUAUGCAGCGUCGCGUUCAAAGACAGACACACGCAGGAAGUAACCCUGUCUGCCGGCUCGUCUGUGGCGGUGCCUUACACCAUUGUACCAUUGGUGGUGGGGAAACUUCCUCUGGAGGUGAUGGUGGUUGGCAGAGAGAUGAUGGGAGGUGACCGUGUACAGAAAUCCCUGCGAGUAGUGCUGGAAGGAGUGCAGAAGACUGAAGUUUGGAGUGUAGUGUUGAAUCCAGCUGCUCAAGGAGGAACUCAGACGGUACGUGUUGGUAAAACUGAGCUGGAGUCAGUUGUGCCAAACUCUGAGCCAGAGACCUUCAUCAAUGUUAGAGGAAACGUGUUGGCCGACAGCAUUGAUAAUUCCAUCAGCGAGGACUCGCUGGCAUCUCUGAUUCGGAUGCCCGGCGGUUGUGUGGAGCAGAACCUGGCCUCCAUCACUCUGCCACUCAUUGCCACUCUCUACCUGGAUCGAAGCAACAACUGGGAGACCGUAGGGGUCCAGCGGAAGGCCGAGGCUCUGCGCUACAUCAGGCGAGGCUAUGAGAACCAGCUGGCAUACAGAAGGAGUGAUGGCUCUUAUCCGCCCUACAGGAGCCAAGGAGCAAGUACAUGGAUCACAGCCUACGUCGUGAAGGUGUUCUCCAUGGCGCGCGCCAUCAUCAGCAUCAACGAGCAGCAGGUGUGUGAGCCUCUGCUCUACCUGGUAAACAACAAACUCCGGGUUCUGGAUGGAGUUUACAAGGAGGACAACCCAGUUUACUCCACUACCAUGACUGGAGGUCUCCGUGGUGAUGACCCAGAAUUAACCCUCACAGCCUUCGUCCACAUCGCAGUCGCUGAGGCCAUGCAGGCUGGUAUCAGCUGUAGCAGUUCAGGUGAAGUGAAGCGGGCGAGCCAGCUGACAACUCAGUACCUGACGAAAGCUCUGUUGGCAUCUGGGAGGAGACCGUACACAGUGGCUAUAGCAUCUUAUGCACUGGCUCUGCUGGGUUCAGUUCCAAGUCUUCAUCAGCCUUUACUCGCAGCUGCAGCUCGAGAUGGCAGCCACUGGCUGGACAGAGAAAACCACUUGUUCACGCUGGAGGCGACUGGCUAUGCUCUUCUGGCUCUGGUAAAGUUGGGACGCAUGGAGGACGCUGAGGCACCUUUCAAAUGGCUCAACAGUCAAAGAAGAAGAGGAGGCGGCUUCGGUUCUACCCAGUCCACCAUGGUGGUUCUCCAGGCGCUGUCAGAGUACAUGAUCCACCAGCCUCCUCCUGCAGACCUCAGCCUGGAUGUGGACAUCAAGCUGACAGGACGCAAGGAGCUCCGCUACCAUUUUAACCCCGAUACAGCUUAUGCUGCUCGCUCCUCCAGGUUGCCGGCUGAUCUUGAUUUGGAAGUGGUGGCUGAAGGGAAUGGACAGGGAAUACUGGAGAUUGUGACUCAUUACAAUCAGCUACUUGAGGGGGAUGAGAAAGCCCCCUGCGAGAACUUUGAGCUCAGUGUCAACAUUGAAGAAUCCAGUGAAAAGCCUCCUGCAGAAGCAGAAAAGACCUACCAGAUCAGCAUCAAAGUGAGGGCGUUAGGACCCAGGGAUGUCAGGAUGGUGGUUCUUGAUAUCAGUCUUCCUACUGGCUUCACUCCAGAAAAUUCAGACCUGGAGAUGUUGUCCAACUCAGUGGAUCGUUACAUCAGCAACUUCCAAAUUGUCGACAACCUGAGUGACCGAGGUUCCCUGAUCAUCCACCUGUUCAAGGUUUCACACAAAGUGCCAGAGAUCCUGAUUUUCAGGCUUCAGCAGAAUUUUAAAGUCGGCCUCCUGCAGCCAUCCUCAGUUACUGUCUAUGAGUAUUACAAUCCAGAUCACCGCUGCAGUCGCUCUUACGCUCCCAGGGAGGACAUGGAGGAGCUCACUCGGAUCUGCAAGGACAAUGUCUGCCGCUGCACACAGGGUGACUGCUGUAUCGCUAAAACUGAUGGUGAAAACUUCCUUAACAAUGAAAGAGAGACAUUUGCCUGCAAUAGCUUACACCAUGUCUUUCAAGUGAAGGUGCUGGGUGUCAACCAGAGUUACUACGACAAGUAUGACAUGGAGAUUACACAAGUUAUUAAAUUGGGUGUCGAGGCUGGAGUUCAAGUCGGUCAGAGAAGGUUUUUCAUGUCUCACGGGGGUUGCAGAGAAGGACUCAGUCUGAAGCAGGGCUCUCACUACCUCAUUAUCAGUCCCAAAGAAGACCGGUGGAAGGCUGACCCUGAUACCAACGGAUUCAUCUACAUGUUUGGGAAGGACACCUGGGUGGAGCGCUGGCCUUCGUCUGAAGAGUGUUCCAGCAAUCCCAGCAUGGAAGCUAAAUGCAGCAGUCUCCGUAGUGCAGCAGCUGACUUGUCUAUCAACGGAUGCAGGCUGUAACGACACCUAUGCAAUCAUUCAGUGUUCCUGCAUCAUUUUGUUGUAGAGAAGGCAAAAAAACAC